AUGCAAGUCAUCACAACCUGUAGCGAGCAGGUUCAGCCUGACCGCGCAAUCUCGGACGCGCCCAUACCUGCUGGGUCAAAAGACCGUUUCUAUCAGGCCUUUAAUCCCGUUGGGCCACUGCAAAUUAACAUGCCGACGACUAAAACUGGUAAAAGGUCAAAGGACUACGACGAUGAGGGGGAUGAUGGACCGCUAUUGGCCGGCUGGGAACUGCCGAUUUCCAAAAAUAGAGCCGCCACGACGCUGGAGACAAAAGCAUUGGGCGUGUCCAUCUUACUCAAUGUUUUUCUUGCCGUAUUGCUUGUUUUUGCCGUUUGGCUCCUGCUCUCCCAGCGCUUACAGUACGGUCGGUCAACGGAUUUCGACUUCAACACACCAGCAUACGAAGCUAUUGAGUAUGUACCUCGCGUGUUUACCAAAGCUUUUCUCGACGAUCAAAGCCCUUACCAAGGAUGGCCGGAUGACGAGAAGGAUCAGCUCUGGCAGAACAUGUAUAGCAAGGCUGCGGACAGACUUGUGAACAAAACAGAGCACGCCCCCGUAGCUGGUUUCGAGAAAGACUACGUCGUUGGCCUCGACGUUUUCCACCAGCUACAUUGCCUUAAUAUGAUUCGGCGUUCCAUGUACCCCAAGCGCUACAACUCGUCCAUCAUCCGUGAGGACGGGUCGAUUGACUUUCUGACUUGGGCGCACCUAGACCACUGCGUUGAAAUGCUUCGCGAGUCACUUACCUGCUCCGCCGACGUCAGCGUGAUCCCGUACAGGUGGCACCGCGAGACGAACAUCGCUGAGCCGGAUAUACGAAGCGUGCACAUGUGCCGCAACUUUACAAAGAUUCGAGAUUGGGCAUUCGAGCGCUUUCUUUCCCUGACAAGCAAGAGAAUACACGUUGAAAAUGGCACCGUCGUGGACUAUGCCGGUGCUGGGAGAGACCCGGAAGAGGUGCUGGCGGAGAAACUGGCCAAUCCCGAGAACUGGAACAAGACUGUGAAAGAUUUGUGA